CUCUGUGGUGGGUAGGGUACAGGCUGGUCUGCAUGCAGUGAAACACUAUGUAAAUGGUUGUUGAGCACUGCACUGGCAUUCAGCAUGCUCUUGCCUGAGAGAAAACAGAUCUUUGGUGAACAUUUUUAUGCUGAUGAAUUUUAGCAAAAAGACUAACAAUAUGUUAGAAUAAACAGUUUGCAAAAGAAGUAUUUUUUCUUCAUGUUUUGGAAUGAAAACGUAUUGGUCUGAUUCUUUACAAGCAGGAAAAAAAAGAAAUUCACACAGGUUUGGAAUGACAUGAGGAAGUACAGAAAUGACUGACACAUCCCUGUGAGAAGAGAUAAGAAGGACAACUACAGAGGAAGCACAACCUAGAGGGACAACUGCUUUCUUACAUCUUUAUUUUUUUUAAUCAUCAAUAUUCAAGGAGUUUCUAAAAAUCACACAUCAACAGGAGAGACAGGCAACUUUAGAAAACUCUUUCGUGAAGCUCAUUAAUGAUGGCAACACCCGAGGACCUUUCAGCCAUUUCGAACCCAACUCAAAUCGUGAAAUAUGAUCCAAAGUCUGAAACUGUGACAUUACCAAAUGGGCUGGUUUCUGUGGCAGGUGUCACGGUGGUGACGGGGGGAGCAGAGCUGUCCUGUGGCUCCUGUAUGUUGGCUUUUAGUUUUUGGGGCACUCUGGUUGGUUUGAGUGUUGUGUCGGUGGGUUUGUGGGAUCAUUUGGAGUACAAGAACAAUGGUCUGUCACACCUUCUGGCUCUUGGAUUGGUACUGCUGCUUAGCAGUUUGAGUCUGGUAGCCGUGAUUUUCGUCCUACGUUUCUUAAUGAAAAAGAGAAGAAUGAUGGCCAGAAGAGAGAGGGCAGAAGCGAAUCUAGUGCUGGUUAAUGAGUACGCAGAAGUUGUUUUAAAAAGAGUCACGGUGUAAAAGAGCAAGUGAAGUGAAAAAAAACAAAAAAAACCCCCAAAAGAAUAUGUCAGACUCCCUGUUGCUCCAUUUUUGAUUUUCUUCAUCACUCUUUGCUUAAUCAUGCAGGAAUGUCACAUGAAAUUAAUUGCUACAGGAAACACUUUGCUAUUUCCUUUGUGAUUUCAGAACACACAAGAGACAUAUUUACUUCAACGUUCAUGUCUUUAUUAAAACAAUCAAAGGAAUACACUGUUAACUUAUAUUGUAAGUGUAAGUUUAAAUUAAUAUAAUUUCAGAGCUUUUUAGCUUUCAAAAUUGAUGCAUUGACUUGAAUAAUUGCAACUCUAUUUUAUAUUAAUACAUCACAUAAAUAAUAUUUUCUCCACUGUCAUAUACUAUCAUUAAUGGAGAAAAAAACAUGAUCACAGGACCAAUUACAUCACAGCUGCAUAUUCUAUAAAACAUAGGAAAUAUAAAAAUGUUAAAGCUUGUGUGCUUAAAAAAACCCCACUGCAAUUCUAAAUAUACAUGUGCAUUAAUUUCUUUGUUGCUGAAUGUGUUAUCGGUUGAUAUAUGAAAAUAUGUGUGAUGGUAUAUAAGGAAAAUACCUGAAAAAUUGACUAAAAACAAAUUUGAAAUGUUUUGGAUUUUUGGACAAUUUCAAAGUCUUGUUAAAGACAUGGCAACAUGAUAAAAAAAUGAGACUUGACAUUUAUAACUUAAUUGAUUGAGUACUUUAUGUAAUAUGUAUAAAUACAAAUAUAUAUACUGUAUAUGUAACUAGUUACAACAAGUGUCUGCUAUUAAAUGGUAUAAUGGUUA